GAACGAACUGACGGAGGACGAUGUCCAAUCUGCGUGCAUCUCAGCUCGAACAAGAACGGGCAGAAUACCGUGCUAGCAUAACUGAAGCCUUAGACGAAGACGAAGACCCACUCACUGCGUACGACGACUAUAUCAAGUGGACGACCCGCACGUUCUCUGAACAUGACCCCAACUCCGGCCUCGUACAAUUAUUGGAGGAAACUGUGCGGAAAUUCAAAGACGACGCACGGUAUAAUGGGGAUCUCAGGUAUCUCAAGAUCUGGUGCUCGUACGCAAAGGUGGUGGAAAAACCGAGCGUUGUGUAUGCGUAUGUUGUGAAGAGGGAGAUCGGUUGCGUUUACGCGUUGCUAUGGGAAGAGUAUGCCAUCGCACUUGAAAAGGAGGGAAGACGUGCAGAAGCGGAUAAAGCAUUCCGCGCCGGGAUAUCUCGUAGUGCGCGUCCCCUCGAACGACUCAAGAGGCGAUAUCGCGACUUCCAGUCGCGACCUCCGUUAUCAAAAUCUCAGUUACUGCCCUUCAAACCGAGCGGGGUAGCUGAGGUCGAUACCCUGCGCCGUAAUCCACUCAAGAAUUUCGAUCCCCAAACAAGCUCGACUGCCAAGAAGUCUCAACCUGCCCAAAAUUCCUCCGCGUCCACAGCUCAGGGUGCCUCUGCAGCCUCUCCGUCGAACUCAGCUCAUGCACGAUAUGCACCCAUGCUCGCACCACCUGCCCCUGGCAAACGACCAGAGAAACUACGCUUCAAUCUCUCACUAUUAUUUACGCCUUCCGGCGUUGAAUACUCUGCAGCCGAGGUACGUGCCCGUUCCAUGGGUCUCCUCGGCAAGAAAUGGGGUCCGCCCCCUGCAUCUGAACUUCGCGAUUCAUCAUCCGGCGCCGUAAGGGUAAACUUCAACGAUGACGGAUCUAGGUCUACACAGAAUAUGGGUGCGACUGCCUCAGGGGGUGGGCGCAAGAGCGUUAGCAUGCUCGCUGCAGGUGAACCCACGGUGACAAUCAAUACCAAGGAAGCACUUGCAGACGUGUUUGGGAUGUAUAAUUCACCUGAUAAAACUGUCAAACGUUCUAUGCCCGGUAGCAAAUAUGCACCUGUUCGGAAAAUCGAGCCACUGGGUGGACGGAGAAUCGAAGCACCUGGGACACGCAGAGCCGAGCCUGCCCCUCCCCCUAGCGAGAACGAAAAUGCGAAACCUCAAGCCUUCAAGCCAUACGUCGAUGAAAAUGUUCCUCGGAAAGAAAACUCGGUUGCGCCACCGAAAUUCAAACCUUUCAUCGAGGAACCUAAACAACCGUCCGUUAUACCUAAUUCAACUCAAGGUCGUCGAGCCCUCUCGGUUAAAGAUUCGAGGGAACCAACAACAGAGGAUGUGGCUCCUGUGUUUGUGCCUGACUCGAAACCAUCCCCCCCGGAUCCUCCUAAGCCCACUUUUCUCAAGCCCCAUCGAGGGGAGCCCGAGAAGAAACCCGUCUUCUCCAAACCGUUUACUCCUGUCUCCCGGAAAGAUCCUCUCGUGCGACCGCCGGGUACGAAGCCCACAACAGAAUGUAUACCCGAGAACCAGCCGGCUUCAGAUUUACAAACACCUGCACAUCAGGCGUUCGCACCCUUUGUGGACUCAAAGACACCGUUCAAAGUUUUUUCCCGUCCACCUGGUCAUCAGGGAGAGAAUGGGGGGUCAGGCGGUCUCGGAAGAGGGGGCGUGUUCACGCCAAAACCUCCUGGGUCAAAUUCAGGUACCACCCCUGCAUCAGGCCCAUUCAAACCCUUCAUCGACAACGAAAAUGCAGUGCAGCCGAGCGUACUUCGAGCCUCGGCUUCAGUCAGGAAAGCCAACGCUUUGCAACCUCGUGUAAUUCCGGCCACGAUCGACGAGACAUUCACUGAUGAGUCUAGUCUUGGGGACGGUGCAAUGGAUGGGUAUGGCGAACGUGAACCAGAAGUGGAUGGACACGCUUUCAGUAGUAGCAGCAGCCACACCAACUUCUCCGAGGGUGAGGACGGGUAUGCGUUCGAGGGUGGAGAAGUAGAGGUUGAAGCAGGUCUUGCCUCGUCCAGUGAUAGUCAAGUUGACGAUGAAGAGGGCGCAGAACAACCGUAUGUACCUGAUCAUGAACAGCAGGACAGCUACAAAGACGACGGUGGUUUCGACACGGAGGAAGUGGAGUAUAGUGAACCUCUCGGUGGACGGUUUGGGAGGAUUAACGUUAUGACGCCUAUCACCGAACGGACGUUUGAAUUUAGCACGAGAGGUCUCCCGACACCGACGACCACGACCUUCCUACGCGACAAGGAUUGGAGAGAAAGACAAGGGAGAGAGAGUGGCAAGUAUGCCGUUGAGGUGGCAGAGAAACUCGCAAGAGAGGUGCAAGAAGAUGACGGAACGGAGGGUGAUUAUGAGGAAUACGAGGAUUGCAUACAAGGCUCAGGCGACCAUCACGAACAAGUCGCCAGUCACAAUAAUUUGGCUGCAAUCGAAGAUCGGACCGGCACACUCAGUCUUUCCGACUCGCUCGCUGUUGUCUCCGCAUUCAGGCCGCCUAAUCCUUGCAACCCCUCUGACCCUGCAAUCGUGUCAACGUUGCUCUCGCUAUUGCCUGCUGACGGUGACUUCUACGACUUAAGGGCACAAGAUGGAGGUAUGCUGGAUGGUCUCCAACGCUUCGCAGCAAAGAAAGCUCGGGGGAGCAAAGGAGCCAGUACAGAGGAUGGUGUAGUGGUCACGCUGGAAGGAAGAUUGCUCAGAGUUACGGAAAAAUUGGGAGAGGGCGGAUUCGGUGCCGUCUUCUCUGCGGUAGAUAUUUCGAAAUCAGCGGUGGAGGAUGAUGAUAGGGAUCUUGACCUCGAUGAGGACGAAGAGGAUGAAGCAAUAAUGCUCGCUCUCAAAGUGGUCAGGCCGCGUAAUCUCUGGGAAUUUCACGUACUUCGGCGGGUCCAUCGAACACUUCCACAGCAACUUACCCGCUCGAUUAUCUCGCCUCUAGCGCUGUAUGCGUUCCGCGACGAAUCCCAUCUCCUUCUCGAACUCUGUCAGCAUGGGACCCUGUUGGAUAUCGUCAACCGUGCAGGUCCCGCAGGUGUAUCGCAGCAAGGCGGGUGUCUGGAUGAGCUACUCGUGUUCUUUUACACGAUCGAGCUCCUUCGCUUCGUGGAAGGAAUGCAUGGUGCUGGGUUCAUCCACGGUGACCUCAAGGUUGAUAACUGCUUGCUGCGAAUUGAAGAGCUUCCUGGUGGGGCGUCGUCCUUGUCCAGCAUUUACCAGCCCUCUGGUGAAGGUGGCUGGAAGUACAGGGGAAUAAAAGUCAUCGAUUUUGGCCGCACGAUCGACACGUCACUCUUCCCCGCGGGGCACAAUCAACAGUUCAUUGCGGAUUGGCCAACGGACGAACGCGACUGCUUCGAGAUACGUCAGAACCGACCAUGGACGUAUCAAACAGAUUACUUCGGGCUAACUGGAAUCUUUUAUUGCAUGUUGUUCGGCAAGUAUAUCGAGGCAUCGUCUGUGACGUUGGUCCCCGGAUCGACGAAGGCCGACCCCAUAUACAAGAUCGCAACGCCGUUCAAACGAUACUGGCAAACUGACACCCUCACUCGUUUGUUCGACCUACUACUGAACCCGUGUAGGGUGCGUCCAGACGGCGACCUCCCGAUCUGCGAGGAGCUCGCGGUUGUAAGGAAGGAGAUGGAGACGUGGUUGCAGAGUAAUUGCAACCGUAGUAGCAACACGCUCAAGGGAUUGUUGAAGAAGAUCGAGUUGUCGGCGUACACGAAAUAGUUUGACCUGGGUUUCUUAUUGUCACAUCCCUUGUACCUGCACCUUUCCGUCCUGGCAGAAUAGUAUGAUGCGACGGGCGAUAAGCAAACCCUCUAAUUCUGCGACUCCCGAGGGUUUUGUUGGUCAGUUGCCUAGCGAUAUCCAAGAGGACGAAUUAUGAGCAAAGGAGUCAUCUUGCUAGAUCUCUUGUUAAGUUUUUAUAGGCGGUUUGAAAGCCACAUUAGCUUGCAAUUCCAAGUGUGAUAGUUGUCUCUUUCGUUUACAAUCAUUUUCUGGGUGUCGUGGGCCACUGCAGCAACUAGUACUUUCAGUAUAGGACCUACUACUUGGAGGGUCGGAACUAGUAGUUCCGGUCGGGUCGGGCCGAAUGAAAAUUUGCGUUGAAUUUGAGAGUUCAAACUUGUUGUGCAACUAGGAGUCCUGCUCCGAUGUUUUC